UACUGGCUGAAGGAUGCUGGGAGUUGUAGGACUUCUCCUUUCUGUCCAGAUAGGUAUAGGUUUGUGAGCGAAAUAGGUAUAUCUUGCCUAGAUAGGAUUACCCAUGGACAUGGCAGUUCAUAGAGUCGUCCUGGGCGAUGUCAUCUGGAGGCUUUCAGAUGAGACUUGUCUCUGCUUCAUUGGCGGAAUUUGAUGAAGGGCCCUUACAAUGAGUGCUCUCAGUUUUGUAGCAUCUUUGCCAUGCUUCAUCCCUGGAAUUUUAUGGUGCCUCCAGACAGGAUAAUCUUACUCUAAAAUCCUUUAAAAAAUCUCUUUUGAAAAGAUAGGAAUUGCAAUGCAAUGCCUUCUGAUUAGCCUCAUGCAUAUGUAUUUCCCCAGUCAUUAAGAAAGAACACAAUUGGAAAGGAGCCAAGAAAGCCAUUGGGUCCAAAUAAUCCUUUCUGCCAGUUGCUCCCACCAAAUGAAGGGAUGAGAUAGCCUUUUUAGUGCUGGCAUUCAGGUACUGGAAUAGCUACUAAGGAUAGGGACUUUACUGUGGUAGCACCAAAGGUGUGGAAUGCUGUUUCCAGAGAUGCCAGUCUGGUGUCUGCACUGUGAUCUUUCAAGGGCUAGGUGUAGACACAUUUUAUUCUGCCAAGUAUUUGAGGAAGUGUUUUUACUGUUUCUACUACUAAAUAUUGCUAAACAUCAUAGUUUGAUGUUGUGAUAGUUUGAUUGUUUGUAUCGGUUUCUGGUUUUACCUAGGUCUUAUUCUGUUCUGUUUUAAUUUUUGUUUUAAUGUUUAUACUGUAUGUUUUAAUGUAUCAUACUCAGAGACCUCACAUUAUUGGGCCAUUUAAGCAUACAAUGAAUAAUAGAUAUAUAAAUAGAUAGUUUCUGUUGCCAGACAGCCUACAAUUUGAAACAAACAGUUAAGAAAGCAACACAAGGAUGGGAAGGAGAGAGAUAAGUCAAGAAGGAGGGAUAUGGUUGGUGCAGUUAGGUGUACUUGCUUACAAUUGAGAUGAACAUGCCAUGUCGAAAAAGUGGGUUUUGAAGUAGAAUAUACAUUUGAGUGCAGGAAAAUAGACCGAAUUCAAAUUCGAAAUGCAUUUCUGAAUGUAGAUUCCUCUAAAGCUGAUAAAUGAUGAAAAGCUGCCACUACACUUAUUUUUGUUCCCAAGGCAAGAACUGCAAAACAACACAAGUAGCAUCCAUGUUUUUUAAUAGGCCUCAGUCAAGUAAGUGUAUUUGGCAAACAUGUAGACAGAUACAGCUACAUUUCAGGAGUGUAGUUCUUUAUUAUUAUUAUUAUUAUUUUCAGAAAAGCUUUAAGAGAAUUAUGCAUUUGAAUUUAUUAUCCUCCAAUGACAACAUUACUGCUUUCUAUGGAAUAAAUCAGUUUUCCCACUUGUACCCUGAUGAAUUUAAAGCAAUUUACUUGCAAAGUAGACCUUUUAAAGUUCCCAAAUAUACACCAGGAGUUAGACUAAAUGGAACAGAGACACCCUUACCAGCAAAGUUUGAUUGGAGAGACCAUAAUGUCGUCACACAAGUGAGAAAUCAAGAAACGUGUGGUGGCUGUUGGGCUUUCAGUGUUGUCAGUGGAAUAGAGUCUGUCUAUGCAAUUAAAAAGAAAGUUUUGGAAGAACUCAGUGUUCAACAAGUCAUUGACUGUUCUUACAAUAAUUAUGGUUGCCAUGGUGGCUCAACUGUUCAAGCUUUGAUUUGGCUGAAUCAGACAGGUGAAAAACUGGUGAGAGAUUCAGAGUAUCCUUUUAAAGAUCAAACAGGAUUGUGCCAUUACUUCAGUCAGUCAACUUUUGGAGUCUCGAUCACAGAUUAUGUCUCAUAUAAUUUCAGCGGCCAAGAAGAUGAAAUGAUGAAAAUGCUUGUUGAAUGGGGCCCUUUGGCAGUGAUUGUAGAUGCAGUUAGCUGGCAAGAUUACCUUGGUGGUAUCAUCCAGUAUCAUUGUUCCAGUGGAGAAGCAAAUCAUGCUGUUGUCAUUACUGGUUUUGAUCGGACAGGUGACAUUCCCUAUUGGAUUGUACGGAACUCCUGGGGACGUUCAUGGGGAAUAGACGGCUACGCUCAUGUAAAAAUAGGCUCCAAUAUGUGUGGAAUUGCUGAUGAAGUUUCUGCUGUGUUUGUGUGAAAUGGAUGUUUAGAUAUUUCAAUCACAAUUUUACAUAAUGUGAAGGCAUUUUAUUCACAAGAAAGGACACUCUUUGUGGACACUGAGACUAUAUCAAAUCUUCAGUCCUAGAAGAAGUGCUGUCCUGCCGCCAUUACUGAGCCAUAGACAUUUCAUUUUGGGCACUACAGACAACCUUUUAAUGUACACAUGAUAUGCACCAGAUCCAUAAAUUAUGCAGAAGGAAGGUAUUUUAUAUUACCAGUUCUAGCAUCAAGUUUGGAAAUCUUGAUUCUACUCAGGGAUAUGGUUUGGAGGAUUGGGGGUUUUUAGGGGGGGGUUGGUGUUUUUCUUUGGUUUUUUUGGUUUUAUUUUUUGCUACUGUGACACAAUAGAUAGGUUUGUAUCCGGGAAGCCUGGGUUGAUCAGGUGCCCUGUGGUAUUAGGCAAAUCAUGCUUUUUACCUCACUUCUACAUCUGUUAAAUGUAAAUACCCAUUCCCUAAGGCAGUUGAGAAAGCAAUUCAGUUUGCAAUCCAGUGCCUGCUUAACUGGGAGUAAGACCCAUUGAACUCCAUGGUGGUUCUAAGCAGAAAUAAUUAGGACUGUGCUAUUCAGUUUAUAAGCUAUUUUGCACAGUGAAGUCAUAAUUAUGCAUAGUUUAAACAUUUAAGGAGCACCACUCUCCAUCCCAUGGUGAGUGUAAUUAUACUGAUAUAGCAGCAGUGCUGCAGAAAGUUUGAACCGGCCUUUAAAGCAGUCUUCCAGAACCUGUGUCCUCCAGCCGUGUUUAACUGCAAUUCCUGGCAUGGCUUGACCAUACUUGCAGGGCAUGGUAGAAACUGCAGUCAAACCCAUCUGGAAGGUGCACGUUUGGGCAAGGCUGCUCUAGAAGCAUCAUUCAGUACCUGUAUCUCAAUGAUGUUCUGCUAUUCCUGAGCUCUCCUUGCAUUCCUGUUCAUAACCUUUAUGCUGUACUAGAACACGAAAUAACUUUUUCUAUUUGGAGUAAGCUACAGUAGAUCCACAGUGUUCUUUUCUUUUUCCACAUUCUGAGCUUGAAUCAAGCUGACUCAAGUUCGACUUGCCAUCAGGACUGUAGUUCCCUCUCCUUUGCUGCUCCUUUGAAAAGUUUACAGUUAUCACUUGAUCACAGAAUGUAACAUAUCUGAUACGGAAACCAGUGGCGCUUUAAUUGUUAGUUUUGAUUAAAACAUGUCUAAAUGUUAGCUGAAUUGUAAGACUAUUUUAUAUACUGAAUGGUUAUCAAUUUUUGCAUUUACAAUAAAAACUUGUUAUCUAUUUGCAUUAUA